AUGGAGACAUUAAAAAAUCCGCAUCAAGCUCAGGAUGAUUUCGUUCUUCCUGAAAAUAAUAAACCAACGAAAGAACCAACAAUAAAACUAACCCCGGAGCAAAUUGAAUUUUUUAAAACAAAUGGUUUCUUAAGUAUUGAUCAUUUAAUUGAUGAGAAAGAAGCUACUUAUAUUCGUGAUCAAUAUGAUAAAUGGUUUGCUGCUAAAGUUGGUCGAGAACAUGGAAACUUCUUUGAUUUACUCUCUGAAGAUACUGAUGAUAAAGAAGCAGUUGCACCACAACUUUUAUGGCCAUCAAUUUAUGGUAAAAUUAUGACAAAAUUUGAUUUAUAUGAUACUCAAAUGUAUGCAAAUGCAUAUGAGAUUAGUAAAAGUUUACUUGGUGAUGAAACAACUUUUAAAGGAGAUCAUGCUAUUUUAAAACCUCCAUCUGUAAAUUCACUUCCAACUCCAUGGCAUCAAGAUGAAGCUUAUUGGGAUCCAACAUUAACAUACGAAUCACUUGGUGUUUGGGUUGCUCUUCAACCAGUAUCAGUUGAAAAUGGUUGUAUGCAAUUUAUUGCUGGUUCUCAUCGUACAUCUGAUGUACUUCCUCAUCAUACUCAAAAUAAUAAUCCACGUAUACAUGGUCUUGAAGUUGAUAAUCCAUCAGAUUAUCAAAAAAACAUUAUUUCAUGUCCACUUCCAAUUGGCGGUGCAACUUUUCAUCAUUGUCGUACAUUACAUUAUACUGGUCCUAAUUGUUCCGAUGAACCACGUCGUGCUUAUACAUUACAAUUUCAAUGCAAUACAAAAAAACGUGAUGAACCACGUUUAAAUACUUGGAAUGAAAUUAAAACAACAGAACGUGAAAAACGAGCAAAAGAAAGUGGUUGGAAUCUUCGAGCACCUUAA